CGCAUAUGUUUUGAAAAUGAACUAUUUAUUUAUACGUACAAAUUAAAUUAAUUUGUGGAGGAAAAUGGCGGAUUGUAAGAGCCAUAUAAAAUUUUCUUCUGGGGAACAGGAAGAACAGUUAUCGCCGAAGCUAUCCUUCGAGAGCUUAGACAUACCGUUUUGUUUAGACUCUAAGCGUAAAAAUGUGACCACUAAAACAAGAAGCUGUAACAUGAAAAUGUCCCACUCCGUUACCGACCAGGCACGAAAAAGCAACUUAAAACUCAUCCCCUGGGCACCGCACCCUCUCAAAGAAGAUCUCGAACAAAAAUUCUCAUCCGUAUUCAAAUUGGCUACUGAAAAUAUCGGAGAAAAACUUUACAAGUACAGAAAACUGCGUUCUUACUCAAACGUGCCAACUUAUUCAAAAGAAAGUGUUACCGAGGAUAGCAAAAGAUCAAACGCACAAAGCGAAGAUGCAAGGGCACUUUUUUUCCCAAGUCCUCUUCCAAAAGAUAUUUUUUCAGAAAAAGAAUCUUCCAGUGAGGACACAACAGUCAAUAAAAAGGACAAAACGCAGAGACCACCUAGCCGUUGUAGCGUGUGCAGUCCGAAAGAAAUCGAUCUAAAAAAGUGCGUCGUGAAAGUCAAAAUGGGCGGGCCACCAAUAAAACAAAGAUUGUUCAAAAAUCUGAUGGCACAAUUUACCGAGCCUGAAAACGCUUGCCUGCGAAUUCCUUUAAAAAAGAAAACCCCUCAGCAUUUGCGAACUGCGGCAGAAGCACCUUUGAGUAUGCGUUUAACUGCAAUCGCUCAAUAUCACUUGAACAACAUAGUGAAUAACAAUCCAGUGUUUGAUUGGUCGGUGGAAAGGGUCAGCAAAUGGAUUUCCGACGAUUUAAAAAUGCCACAAUACAGGAGAAACUUCCUUGAAAACUCCAUCGCCGGAAGACACUUGGUAUUAAUGAACGCAGAAACCUUAGAACAAAUGGGAAUAAGAAAUUUCGACGAUGUUAUUAAAAUCUCAGAAAAUGUAAGGAACAUUUUCAAACUUCAGAAGGAAAUUAACGUCAACCUGUUCUUGACCAAAGCCCGAUUCGAUCCGCCGACCCUUUUCAGCAUGUACAGCUACAAAAGCGGCUACGACAAAUCCGUCGGGGCGUUUUUCAAAAAGCACCAUCUCGUGCUUAAAAAGAAGCCGUUCUGUUCACUCUUCGAAAUCAAGAGGACACAGUGGGAUCUUUUCCCAAAAACUAUCAAGACCGUCAACAACAGACGGUUCAUACUUAAAUCGUUCGACUCUUACCCGGAACACAGGAAGAUCCGCCCUCCUCCUAGAAGACUUUGGUAAAAAUAAGAAAAUAUACACUACAUCAAAAACUGAA